AGGAGCUUAGGGAGCUUUUGACCACGGAACAAUAAGGCAGAUACAUAGAAGUAGAACAAGAACCUGAAGCAGGAGAUAUGCUAAAGUAAGAAUAAAAACAGAUGGGCUUCCGGCUCUCACUCUCUUUGACUGCGUGUGGACGGCGCUGCAUUAGAAAAAUAAUCGGACAAUCAUUGAUCGAACAAUGGUAGAAAUACGUACUACGGAGUGGGACAAGCGUACUCUGUCCGAUCUUUUGUGGAAGCGCUGGUUGUUCUUGCUCCAAGCUGCAUCGUAAAAAGGAAUAAGCCGGCCAGUACAUCACUCAGCAAGUGAAUCGACUCUAAAGUCGAUGCAAGAACAACCUCCAACGACACCAAUCGGAAAAGAAAACGUCGACGUCCUGCAAGACCAAGAGUACCAGCGACGCCAUGGACUACUCCACGAUACGCGAGAAAGAGGUUCCGCCUUUUUACCAGGACUGGAUCGGUCGAAUUGGAACUACAAACCGCGGCGAUCAUCACGGGACAAGUAAGGGUAACAACAAUAAACACACAAGCAGUUGUACAACUAUCUCGUCUACGCAACAGGCUCUGAAAUUAUGCUUCCUCCAUAAGGUCGGCGCCUUAGAAGUCGUCGCCGAUGAGGACUUUUACGAGCACAGGGACGGCGUCGUCCUGGGGGAGCGCGGUUCCUUCAGCGCUCGCAGUAACUCCCCGGGUCGACGGGGGCGGACCGGCGCUGCAUCUUCAUGGGAGAACAUUUUUGGACAAGCCGCGAAGGAAGUAGAUGAGGCGCAAGACGAAAUAUCAGAGAACCUCAAGAACAUGGCGAGCACGACAGUAGGAGCUUCAACAUCCGAACGAGCGCUAGAAGAUCCAGUUUGGGAGUUUUUGACACGGCGCGAAAACUCGCAGCUGCUGGAGUGGUUCCUAACGAGCGGACCGCCUGGGGAUUUGAAUAAAGUUUUUCCACAGCAACGAGCGCGACGAGCUUCUCAAACAGGAACAAAUGGAGGGGCAACGACCUCUACUUCGACGUCCUCGCCCAGACAUCAAAGCAGUAGAAAACGCCCCCAACUACAUCCCCACGAACAGUGGUGUAGUUUGAUGCAGGAAGCGGGCGACCCGGAGUCGUGGCAGGCAGCGGCGCGGCUCCUCGCCCUACUUUUGCAAGAGGGGGUGGAGUCCUGUCUGGACGAACUUGACGCGUUGGUUCCCGAAUGGGAGCGCUCGGUGCUGCAGCCGAUGAAACCCAGCGGCUUUUUCGGCGGCGGAACUGGCUUGCUGUUUGAGGACUACGCGCUCGCGCGGGCCGCGGAGGCGGACUCCGUCUUGAGUGUGCAGCUGCAGAGAAGCGGGGACUACUUGACCAAUCUGCUGCCACCUGGUCGUGAUCAUCUCGCGGGUGGUACGGCAGUGGGAGGACGAGUAGUUGGUUCUGUUGGUAAAAACGAGCUACCAGGUCAACCUGCUGAGCAAACCGGCAGUUCAUCCGACGAAGAAAACGACAAGUAUGGUUCCUCCAUCGUGGGCAGCACCAAGGCGACUGCUGACGAAGCCGUGCCAGCUGCUGCAACCGUUGCCGUUCUCGCAAGAAAUAAACAAGCUGCUAGUUGUACAACUACGAAGGGCAACUACGGUACCACCAAAGAUGUUCACCUCGCGAAGAAGCAUUCUCCCGCACGAUCCACAUACUUGCGCACCAGCACUUCUGACAAGACAAAGCCCCAAGGUAGCCGAGAAAUCAACGUGAAGCCGGGAUUCGCAGAGCGACCCUCACCCAACUUCGCGCGCGGUCGCGUCAAGGGAGCGGCAGCGGGGGUUGAGGAUGGUGGAGAAUCAUCUUCUACACGCACCGGAGGCGAGGAUGAAUACGACAAAAACGAUGCAGCGGUGACAAACAUUGGCGUCCUUUCCUGCUGUCUGAACAGUCCCUGUUUACUUGGAACAAAACAGCAGCAGCUCUCCAAGACCAGUUCCAAGAAGCACCUGCAGGUGCAAGCCAUUUUCCGCGAGGCGCGCGCGAUGAUGCGUUCGGGUGGAGGGUCGUUAGAGGCGCGACUCGCCAUUGCGGUCGCUCUGACCUACUGCGGCUGGUGUCAGAAUCGAUUUGGUGGGGGAGACCACGGAGUGGAUUCUUCAAAUUACAGAGGAAGUCGUGGAUCAACUUCUGCAGCAGCUUCGCACUACACGCCUCCUCGGUUGCGCAAGAGCAGCUCGUCGCCGAAGAGAAAUGGUUCGCGCAGGAGUGCUGGAGCUGGACGGGCAAGUUUUUCAUCUGUCAUGAACCACAGCAUCAACCAGUCGCACAAGCUGGAUCCGCGGAAGCGCUUGGCGGAGAUGUUUGUGCUGGUACGGCGGCCUGCGGUACGAAAAAAGCUGGAGAGUCUGAGCGUCUGGCACCUCCGAUUUCUGGUCGCCACGCCGCUGAUGCUGGGGGACUACAGUUCCACACUGGCUGAGGACUUGCUGUGGUUGGAGGAGAGGGGGCCAACAACUACUUCUACCGGGGGAACUGUCUUUGCGGAAGGCGGUCAAGGGGGCUCCAGAAGCACCGCGUCGACGUCCGCGACGUCUGGUGCAGGAGCUCGGCAACCAAGCGUCGCAUCCUCUACGUACGAGGACAAGUACACGGACGAGAUGGAGGACGAUCAGUCCUCGACUUCGAUGGCCGCCGGAGGAAACGCGAAUACGCGAAGUUGGAUGCGCCCGCUCCCACUUGCCUUCCCGGCCAUCUCCGCCGAAAUAACAAGCGUGCAGGAACUGUGGCGCGUGAUCUCCUCGAGCUUUCAGAUACGCACGAAGAACGACGCGGGCGUGGCGUACCAGCACAGCCCCGACCUGUUUUUCCACGCCCGGCCACUGACGUUGCAAAACUUGUGGACCACCGGCGGGCCGCAGGAGGUGCUGUUGAGCUUUUUUGUCAAACUGUGCCACACGUUGUGCAUCCCAGCGGUGAAGGUUGGAGGUCAGCCUACAGCGGUUGAUGAGCAGGGUGGUCUUGUUGAUGUUGGGGGAAGAUACUAUUCCCCAAAAGGAGCUGGCGCGGUUCUUGCGCGCGAUCCUGCGACAGGAAAGUGGCUGGAAUUCCGGUUACAACGAACCACUACUGACGUGGAAAAUGUGGACGACGCUUCUUUCUCCUACGAAUUGAUGGAGAUGUCCCAGCGGCAACUGGUGCAGUCGCUUCCGGCAGGAGCUGCUGAACGACUACAACACCCCCAAAAAUCUACUUCCACCGCCCGCGGCCCGUACAUCUGCAGUGAGAUGCUGCGGUGCCAAGCGGAGAUGGGUUUUCGCGACCUCAUCGAGGCGUCCUGGUGCUCCCCCUUGCCGAUUCAAGCACUGGCGACGAGCACGGGGCGGGGCGGCACCCACUGCGAGAACCUGGCGGAGGUGUAUCAAGUGGAAAAUUCAAAUUCUACUUCUUCAAGUGCAACAACCGCUUUCGCCGGGAGUGCGGGUUGGCUGGCCGACGGCAGCGUGGCCUGGAUGGAGAUGGAUUUAGGGAAGCCGUGUGUGAUCCAAGCCUUGAAAUUUGAUUGGCUCGCGGAGCCGGAGAGCAUUGAGGUCUCCGCGCACCACCACGAUUUGUGUCGCCGCCGGAACCAGCAGCUUCUGACCGGGGGUACUAGUUGUAGACACCGCCUUGCUCUCGAUGACGAGAGCGCGACGGAAAUCUUGCCGCGGCAGACCAGUUCCGCCUGCUCUUCCUCUAGCGGCGAGAACCACAGCUCGGACGAGGCCCCGCCCGAGGACGGCGCGCUGGCCCACCGGCUGACCUCCCCGUACGCGCGAAAACGCUCUCCGGACGGAUCCCCCAAAGUGCUGGAGGUACGGACGUUGAGUCCCGAGCGGCUACGGGAGCUGGUGGGGCAGCACGGAGAAAACAUCACGCGGAAUGUACGGGAGGCAAGCGCGGGUGGGCAGCAGACCUUUCUCGUCGACUCCCCGACCUCACCGGGGCGGAGGCAGAUCCGAAGCGGCAGAAGUGCUGCCCGCAAUACGGCAGAGGUGGAGCACCAGAUCGGGAUCCAGAACAUCUCGCCAGCACAUUCCAGAGCGGAAGGAGCAAGAAAUUCAACAUCAAAAGCGAUGUUGACUACAAAUGUCCACGAGGACCACGAAGGCGGCGCCCUUCCGCCUUAUUUGCGCUCGGUGGUUGAGCAAUCGAAAACGCUGCAGACAGUUCCUGCCACCUCAGCUUCCGCUGAUGGCAGAAGUGGCCCGGCGUGGCGCCUGUUAGACACACACGUGUCAAGAGAGGAAGGGGGCUUUGUAACAACAAGUGUGAUUCGUUUGCAAGGACUCUUUGGUUCGUCAUCAUCUCCUGGACGACAACGAGAAGACGAGGACAGGGAUGAAACAAACGCUGCAGAACCCCCUUCGACACCCAAGGCCGCUGCAGCGGACGAAGAAGCUACUGGUACUGCGCGUGCAGAAAUUUUACCGCAAGAGCAGUUGCUGGACCAGCAACACGACAUCACGACCACGCCACUCCAGCUCCCCAUCCUGCGCUACCUCCGCAUUGACCUUCGGGAUGCGGUCAGCUCGAAUCGACUCGUGCGCGAGCGCUGCUCCAUCGGGGUUCGGCGGUUGCAGGUCCACGGCUGCGGUUUCUCGGAGCACCGCCGGGCCAAAACUUUGCUGCAGGCACGCGCGGGCCGCGUCUGCGAGCUCUUGUUCGCCGCGGUCGAAGCGUGUCCGACGAACAUACUCGCCUGGCGCCAACUGUUCUGGAUCCUGACUGUUUUCGUCCACGAGCAGGUGCAGGAGACGAAACUGUUAUUGUGAGGAAAAAUAUCCCCUCCCCAUAUUGAAACGGAAAUUUGUGUUGCUGGAUUUGUGUACACAAAUCUGCUCUGUCUUGCAGUGAGGCACUGCAGGCAAAGCCUAAGCCUAUGUAGGUGUGUUUUGAUGUAGGUGCUUAGCAUAGCAGAGGCCUGCCAUGUAGCUGCAACAGCAAUACAAAUCGCCUGCAUAGUCCGGCGGAUUCUUUGGAUUUGCCCUCUUGCAAGAGAGACAGGAUUUGUGGCCACAAAUCAGCAUCGCAAAUUUUUCGGGGCGUGCCCGUUCAAUAUGGGGAGAAGGGAUUUUUCCUUACGAUAACUGUGCUCGAGAAACCGCCACGCCUGGAUCUCCGAGGCCGUCGCGCGGGCGAGGAGAAAAAACGAGGCGGGAACUUCUGGUAUCAACAGUUUGGCGGUCACUCACGACUCGGUGUCGGCAGUUCUGCGGUUUCGAAUGGAAGAGAUUUUUGCUGAGAACAAGGACACGCAAGUACUAGGAGAUGAAAAAUCAAGGAGGAAAUCGUCCGAAACGUCGCACCAGGUGGAGGAAGAUGAUGGUGAACAAGAAGCCUGUGAAGUACUAGAACAACCCUACAUCCUCCUCGAUCGGCUGUGGCAGGAGUACAUCCGGUUUUCGAGCGCUGACUGUGGCAACUGAAGAAAUCUACUCCAGGACUGCUGGGAGGUGAUGUAGUUCCAGGGACGAAAGCGAGGCAGCUUCCACCCUGCAGCUCUCUGGAAGGGCAUUUGCUACUCGGUCGGGGGGCGCAAGCACCAGCUUGCUUUACAAUGAUUGAGAUUCCAAGCUUCCUAGAAGACGAGCGAAGACGUCGGCACGACCGACCAAGAAAUGCACGCAGAUGAAGAUGUAUGAUUGAAUAUGUAAAACGAACGCUACUUGAUGAAAAAUGUAAGGUCCUAAAUUAGGAGGAAAAUGUCGAACACAUCAACUUUUGUACGAGUGCGCUUGAAGACCACAGUGUGUGUGCGUCUGGACAGCAGUAGUCAGGCUGACUUCGCUGUCUUGCCAGCAUGCUGUUUCUACUUGAGUGUGAUCUUCUCCUCUCAUACAUAGUGAAGGAGCUUCAUGAGAGAACGAGGCAUCUAUUGGACCGCUAUCUUCCACGGCAGUCAACUACUGAAGAAUUCGCGGGGAGGAGUGCUGCUGCGUCGAGAACUACAACGAGGGGGCAAUAAAGUGAAUAAGAUGUAAAUGAUUUUUCAUGAGUAUGAGUGCAGGGCGGGGACAGAGUGAC